AUGACUGUGACCACCGACCGCAAGUUUACGCUGUAUGGCUAUUUCCGCUCGUCUGCCUCUGCGCGCGUCCGCACCGUCAUGGCCCUGCACGAGAUCCCGUACACCAACCACCAGGUGCACCUCCUCAAGGGCGAGCAGCGGAGCAAGGAGUACCUCGCUGUCAACCCCUCGGGCACUGUCCCCACCCUCUCCAUCACCGAGGCGGACGGCAGCCAGUGGUCCGUCGCCCAGUGCGUGAGCAUCAUGGAGUACCUCGACGAGGAGUACGGCGGCCAGUCCAAGGUUGGAUACCUUCUCCCGCGCAAUGCGCGCGACAGGGCCAUGGUCCGCAACAUUAUCGGCGUGCUGGUGUCCGACCUCUUCCCCUGCCUCACGAGCGGGACGCUCAAGCGCCUCAGGUCGUAUGGCGUGGACGACGCUGCGUGGGCCAAGGAGUGCUCGGCGGCGUUCGUUGAGGCGCUUGAGGGCCUGCUCAAGCGUACAUCCACCUCGGGCAAGUACUGCUUUGGCGACAGCCUCACCUUGGCGGACGCGACGUUCUCCCCGCAAAUGGAGACGGUGCUUCGUUUUGCACCGGAUGUCCUGCCCAACUACCCCACAGUGUACUCCAUCUACCAGCAUGUCUCGCAGCUGCCGCAGGUCGUGGCAGCAGACUACAAGCACCAGCCUGACACGCCGGAAGAGCUUCGUGCCAAGUAG